GCCGUGCGCUUGGCGGAGAUGAUUAAAAACCUCCCUGACAGUUUUUGUUAUGAUGUCAGCAGACUGCAAAGCAGAUGAGCACGUCAAUGAUAUUAAAAUUGAUUUUUUUUCCCCUCCCCAUUCAGCAACUCUUCUUGUUCAAAAGUUGUUGUUUUUUUUUUUUAAAGGAGAAAUAAAUAAGUUAUGACGGGACUUAAAGCGAGUACAAUUUGAAAGGCAUCAAAGGCAAGAGCAACAAUAGCUCCACCGGCAAGAAGACGUUUUAAGUCUCGUCUGUCGUCUGCUUCACCGAAAGAGUUCAAGGCGCCUCCACUUGGAAACCGGCUCAGGUCCCAUCCAACCGACUGGUUGUGCCCGACAUGCUCCUCCUCCUCGUGGUCACGGCCGCCCUCAGCCUGCUGCCAGGCGCGACAUCUCAAUUGGCACAACUUUUCGAUUUGACCGAAUGUCCCGUCAACUACUAUGCCGAGACUUACACCGCUGCAUAUGGAUUCGUUGAUGAGGAAGUAUUUACCUUGGUCUUUGGCAAUGUGACUGGCUCUGACUUGAUGACGUUCAUUUUUGAAAACCUGGUGGAACUCCGUGCUUUUGCGCCAACCUUUAUCGUGGCUGAUGAAACUUCCGAAUUUGUCCGAAAUUUGCCAGACCUUGUUGGGACAUCGCCGUGCUUUUAUGGUAUCGGUUUAUUGUCUUCUUUGAAUACGAUCCUUUUGCAUUUCCGCACAUUUGGAGCUCAAGGAGCGUACCUCAUCACCUCGGGUGUGCCAGUGACCGUCACUACAAUCGUGAGAGGACAGCUUGUGAGCACUACAGAGUUAACUAGUGACACAUAUGCCUACCUGAGUGGCUGCAGAUACAAAGGUCAGUUCUACCCGCCCGGCACGGCGCAAUGCGCCUCAGAAACUGUCUUUGUGACUUGCAAUGCGACAGUUUUCCUGACCGUUUCUGAAGAGGACCCGCGGUGCCCGAGGAAAUCCGUGUGCACCAUCACUGUGACGUGGAGCCCUAUUGACAACCCAUCAAUUGAUGACGAAUGAGUGUGUCCUCUGAUCUUCUUUGGCCAUCUUGAUUGGUGUACUGCAUGAUGGUGUCGCAUGUAAUACAAAAUUGUACUACUAUAAGUACUGUUAAUGGGCUGUACUUUGAAGUUAUGCUUCAGUGUUAUCAUUUUUUUUUUUUAAAUCUUACUCUCACUCUAUUAAAAUGAACUUCAAUGGACUCGUCACACUGAACUGUACCAUGUUGACUUUCUGAAAGUUUUGAGACAGGGCUUGUCACACGAAAAGUAUUGUCAAAACAAAACCCCAACUUGGGCUGCAACAAAAAUUGUGCAAAAAACACACAAUUCAUUUUUUGUCUCACUGUCUGAAAUCGUUAUACAGUAAACCUCUUCUUAUUUUUCUAUUAUUUUGUCAAUGUCACGAUAAUGAGAGCGAGAAUUUCUGACAGGAUUUUAGAGUGAAAGAAGUCCUGCACCGACAUGGGAUGGAAGACCACUCACCAAGAAUGAAUCCACGACUCCCAAAGAAACAUUAAAAAAAAAAAAAAAAAACAUGUUACAAUUUGCAAAAAGACACAAAGACCCCAAACCUAACCAUGUCCAGUGGUCUGAUGAAACUAAAAUGGAGCUAUGUGGCCACAAUGACCAAAGUUACAUCUCGAGGGAAAAGGGGGACAUUUGUAGACCCGAGAACACCACACCAACUGUGAAACACGGAGGUCGCAGCAGAAUAUUGUGGGGCUGUUCACCUGCAGCAGGAACUGGUGCUCUUCACAGAAAAGACGCCAUCAUGAAAAAAGAACUUGUCUAGGGGUGGCCAUCACAAAACCCAGAUCUGAAUCCCAUAAAAAAAAAAAAUCUGAAGAUAGCUCCACGCUCCUACAACCCUUGUGAGGAUAAGUGGCUGAGAAAACGGAUGGACUUCAGGGUGUACCCCACCUCCUGCCCGGUGAGAGCUGGGAUAGGCUUCAGCACUCCCCGCGAGCCUUGUGAGGAUAAGCGGCUGAGAAAAUGGAUGGACAGAUAGUCUUCUCCUCAUGCGGGUCGCGAGUGUGUUGGAGCCUAUCCCAGCUAUCUUUGGCCAAGAGGUGGGGUACACCCUGAAGAUGUCACCAUCCCAAUAACAGGGCACAUUGAAACUCAUCUUUGAACCUACGGGCAAUUGAGAGUCUUCAGUUCACCAACCAUGGAUGUUUUGGGACUCUGGGAGGAAACCAGAGUGCCUGGAGAAAACCCACGCAGGCACAGGGAGAACAUGCAAACGCCACAAAAGCGGGGCCGGGAUUUGAAACCGAGUCCUCGGAACUCUGAGACAGCUCCGGGAAGGAGUCUUCCAUUCUACUGUCUCCUCAGAAAACAUGUGAACUAUACAUUGAAAUCAUCCACGCACUCGUGAGCUUCAGAGUUUUUUUUUCUGCCGAGAGUCCCGAAAUCGGGUCAUUCAAAGUUCUUGAGCUGAUGGAUGUCACUUGCGAAGCGCUUGCUCGACCUCUCUCAACUCCCAAGCCAGCACUGUCAACAUAAUAAACACUCGUGCUCUAUUUAAGCGGGUCCCUCCCCCACACAGGAAGCCUUCUUCUUUUUCUUUCGGCUUGUCCCGUUCGGGGUCGCCACAGCGCGUCAUCUUUUUCCAUCUAAGCCUAUCUCGUGCAUCCUCCUCUCGAACCCCAACUGCCCUCAUGUCCUCCCUCACCACAUCCGUCAACCUUUUCUUUGGUCUUCCUCUCGCGCUCUCUUCCUUGACAGCUCCAUCCUGACCAUCCUUCUACCAAUUUACUCACUCUCUGGCCUCUGGACAUGUCCAAACCAUCAAAGUCUGCUCUCUCGAUCGAACCCUGUCUCCAAAACCUCCAACUUUGGCUGUCCCUCCCUCUAAUGAGCUCAUUUCUGAACCUAUCCAACCUGGAGAACCUCAACAUCUUCAUUUCUGCCACCUCCAGUUCUGCUUCCUGUUGUCUCUUCAGUGCCACCGUCUCUAGUCCGUACAUCAUGGCCGACCUCACCGCUGUUUUAUAAACUAGAUGAGCGUCCCCCCACACUGGAAGUAAAGUUGAAAAUUACUUGUGCUGUGAAUUGGAACUACACAAAUAAAAUUGACUUGAAAAUACUGCGUUAAGGACACUUUGCCAGUGUUGUCCAGCGAAUCAACUUGUUUGUCGGCUGCAGUCUCCCAUGAGAACGUCACCGUGACCACCAGCUC